AGCCCACCGUCUCUCCGGCAGGCAGGCGGGUGAGUGAGGGGGUGGUGGGUUGAUCUCGUCCAGGAGGAGCAGGAGGCAGGACCGGCCCGGCCGAGGGAAACAGGACCGGCCCGGCCGAGGGAAACAGGACCGGCCCAGGCAGGACCGGCCCGGCCGAGGGAGGCAGGACCAGCCCAGGCAGGACCGGCCCGGCCCGGCCCGGCCGAGGGAGGGAGGGAGGGAGCAUGGAGCGUCCGGCGCCCCUGGCCGUGCUGCCCUUCUCGGACCCGGCCCACGCGCUGAGCCUGCUGCGGGGGCUGAGCCAGCUCCGCGCCGAGCGCAAGUUCCUGGACGUGACCCUGGAGGCGGCGGGCGGGCGCGACUUCCCGGCGCACCGGGCCGUGCUGGCGGCCGCCAGCCCCUACUUCCGCGCCAUGUUCGCCGGCCAGCUGCGGGAGAGCCGCGCCGAGCGGGUGCGGCUGCACGGCGUGCCGCCGGACAUGCUGCAGCUGCUGCUGGACUUCAGCUACACCGGCCGGGUGGCCGUCAGCGGCGACAACGCCGAGCCCCUGCUCCGCGCCGCCGACCUGCUGCAGUUCCCGGCCGUGAAGGAGGCGUGCGGCGCCUUCCUGCAGCAGCAGCUGGACCUGGCCAACUGCCUGGACAUGCAGGACUUCGCCGAGGCCUUCAGCUGCGCGGGGCUGGCGGGCGCGGCCCAGCGCUUCAUCCUGCGCCACGUGGGCGAGCUGGGCGGCGAGCAGCUGGAGCGGCUGCCCCUGGCCCGGCUGCUGCGCUACCUGCGCGACGACGGGCUGUGUGUGCCCAAGGAGGAGGCCGCCUACCAGCUGGCCCUGCGCUGGGUCCGCGCCGACCCUCCGCGCCGCGCCCCGCACUGGCCGCAGCUCCUGGAGGCCGUGCGCCUGCCCUUCGUCCGCCGCUUCUACCUGCUGGCCCACGUGGAGGCCGAGCCGCUGGUGGCCCGCUGCCCGCCCUGCCUGCGCCUCCUGCGCGAAGCCCGCGACUUCCAGGCCGCCCGCUACGACCGCCACGACCGCGGGCCCUGCCCCCGCAUGCGACCCCGCCCCUCCACCGGCCUGGCCGAGAUCCUGGUCCUGGUCGGCGGCUGCGACCGCGACUGCGACGAGCUGGUCACCGUCGACUGCUACAACCCCCAGACCGGCCAGUGGCGCUACCUGGCCGAGUUCCCCGACCACCUGGGGGGCGGCUACGGCAUCGCCGCCCUGGGCAACGACAUCUACGUCACCGGGGGAUCCGACGGAUCGAGACUCUACGACUGUGUCUGGAGGUACAACUCCAGUGUGAACGAGUGGACGGAGGUGUCCCCCAUGUUGAAGGCCCGGGAGUAUCACAGUUCCACGGUGCUGGACGGGUUGCUGUACGUGAUCGCGUCGGACAGCACGGAGCGCUACGACCACACCACCGACUCCUGGGAAGCACUGCAGCCCAUGCUCUAUCCCAUGGAUAACUGCUCCACCACCGCCUGCAGGGGGAAGCUCUUCGCCAUCGGCUCCCUGGCCGGCAAGGAGACCAUGGUCAUACAGUGCUACGACCCCGACACCGACCUGUGGUCCCUGGUCAACUGUGGGCAACUCCCGCCCUGGUCUUUCGCCCCCAAGACGGUGACCCUUAAUGGCCUCAUGUACUUUGUAAGGGAUGACUCUGCCGAAGUGGACGUUUAUAAUCCUGUGAAGAAUGAAUGGGAUAAGAUCCCCUCCAUGAAUCAGGUUCACGUAGGGGGCAGCCUGGCUGUGCUGGGUGGAAAGCUGUACGUGUCCGGCGGGUACGAUAACACUUUCGAGCUCUCUGACGUGGUGGAAGCUUUUGACCCCGAGACGCGGGCGUGGAGCGUGGUGGGGCGCCUCCCCGAGCCCACCUUCUGGCACGGCAGCGUCAGCAUCUUCCGUCAGUUCAUGCCCCAGACCCCCUCGAGCGGGCACGGCUUCACCCUGGACAAUGCCAACCGUGAAAUGAACUCCCUCAACUUGAACCGGCAUCGGCAGAACCUGCGCAACCAGAACCUGAAUGAGCUGCGUUAGCCCUGGCCUCCCCCCGCCCCCACCCCCCAACCGGCUCCCGCAGCUCAGGAGCUCGAUCGAAAACCAGCCGUUGUUUUGGGGUGUGGGGGGAAGGGGGCGGGUGGCCCUGGUGGCUCUAAAGCCCCCGGGUGACUCGAGGUAGAGGAGGCGGGAAGUCCCACCCAGGCUGACCGUGCUGUUCCGAGAGACAUUGGGUUGGCGGCAAGUUGGAAGCUUCUGGGCCAAGGACCCACUUGUGAUGCUGGGGAGAGUUCCACUGCUCCUUUACAGCAGGAGAAGAGAGGCACCUAAUUCCCCUUCGUUUCCAGAGAGGCAUCCCCCUCCCCCGUGUUCUUACCCCAACAGCGGCAGGUACCAUUGCGAUGGUCCUUUUGCUCUCCGUGUGCCAUAUUUGACCCGCCGUGCGGUGCGGACGUGACCCUUGGCCAGCAAGGACCCAGUUCUCCCCUGCGGCUCCGGUAAAUGACUCAGUGGCCAUUUGGCCCCCGGAGCCGGACGGGACCAGGUCUGUCCAUCUGUCUGGCCCUUCCGCUGUGGUCCUGCCGGGUUCCGCCAGAGAGAAACUCCUUCCCAUCAUCGUGGCCCUGCCCGUGGAAACAGCUCACCUCUUGGUAUCUUGUCACUUUUCUAUUCACCAUUGAGCUGCAAGUCAUUGUGCGGUGUUUUUCCCCCGUGGCCCUCGUGGAGAGGAAGGGUGGAGGAUGUUGAUGUCCCCUGACCAGGGGUCUCAACGCAACCCCUUUGCAGCCUCUUCAAGAAUUGAGGAGCUGAGCCCCAGGGGUCAGCAAAGAGCGGAGGAGUCGGGGACCUUGGAUGGCAGAAAGAGGGCCCUAAGGGUGAGCUGGACUGGGACUCUGAAAUCUUCUGUCAUCAGGUUCCUGUUCAGAUACGUCUCUGGGACAUCUGCUCUUCAAGUUGGGCAUCCCUGAUAGUCUCAUGGAGUGGUGCUGAGGCCGCCAGGCCGGUCCAUGGUGUAGGCAGGGCCUAGCACCUCACCCCUCAGCUGUCUCUUGUCCACACCUGCUGGGGGCUAUUCUCUGGUCUCAGACCAGUUGUCUGAGAAGCUACUCCUUGGUCUCUCAUUGACCUUGCCCCCACUCUGAGCCUAGGGAUGCAUUUGGCUUGGUGAGAGGGAUUCUGCUGUCCCACUGAUACGGGUCAGGGUGUCCCUGGGUGGGGUAGAGUAGGGGUGUUGGGUUGGCCUUGAGGAGAGCCCUGCUUGGCCUCUGAGAAGUGAACUGUUGGCAGGUGGGGGAUUGAGUGAGUGCGUGUGUAUGUACCUGCUUUGGGGGAGUCCAGCUUUGAGGAUAAAGCUAAUCACCUCCAGGCCGGGGCUCCUCCAUCCAGGGAACGGCCCUGGACUGGGGUCCUGCCUCUCCAAAACCCCCAAAGGAACCUUACUGAUGGGUUGGCUUGUUUUUUUCCGAAUAGAGUGGGUGUAGAGUAGUGAGUGGAAACCCAGUAGCUGAGAACAAAUGUAGUUAGGUGAAUUGCUGUUACUGCAUCUCCCGGGAGACGGGGCUUUGAGUCAGGGGGGAGGCGGCAGAGGGCAGUCCGCUUUUUGUGUCUGAGGUUUCCAACGAGAGAAUGGACGUGCCGUGGGCCAAAGGCACGGGGUCCUGCAUCGCCUCAGAUGAAGCUCACGGGGGGUGUCAACAGAUGGGAAGCACUGUGUUGGCAGCCGGGGUCAGAGCCCCGGGGUGUGAGUGUCCGACAUGUGAAUCGUGAAUUGUGCUGAGCUCUGUUUACACCUGGUUCUCGAUGGAGUCCAAAAGCCGUGUCUGCACUGCAGGCAGGCAGGCAAGAGGGCUGAUCUUCCUUUCCUGGGCUUUUUCUUUCUUUUUUAUCUGCCCCCCUCACCCCCCAUUUCCCCCAGUCAACAGGUAUUCUUCUCUCCUCCCUCUCCCAAGGAGCACUUUCUUGCGAGACUCACUGUGCGCAGUGUCCUAUUAACCCAGGCCCCUGGGCUAGCUAAUCCAUGGAGGAUAUAGUGUUCCGCUCACCAACUGGCUCAGCACCCUUUGGGGUGGCAUCUUUGCAGGCAUUCUCCCUCUUUUCCCCCUCCAGCCCGAGAGUGAUUCCUCGGAGAUGUGGGGCUGAAGGAGGCGCUGCUCCCCCGCUCCCCGUAGCUGAAGGACCUUCCACCGCUGCAGGUUGUGGAGCGGACUGGAAACUGGAAAUCCAGUUCUUUUCAAAGUCCCUCCCGAGGCCUAUUUUGAGGUCCUGGACCUAAAAUUGACCUCCCAGAGGUCAUUCCGCCCAUUCCCUCUGCCCCCAGGCCAGACUGGGUUGUGAUUGUUGCCGAACUAGGACUCCAGAACUCUUCUGCUUGUGUUCCUGGGUGGGAUCCCGUACCUCCAGCUGCCAGGAGUGGCCAACGACCCUUCCUCCCCGACCGGAGCCAGUUGCUGAAGGGGGGAAGACUUUUCCCGGGAAACCAGAACUGACCCGGGCUGCCAGGAUUCAGGAAACACAGGGGCAAGUCUUCACUCGCCCCAAGACACAGAAAAUGCUCUGUUCCCAAACCCUCACGUGCCAGCCAGGAAUCCAGUGUCUGCUGUCCAAGCAGGGUGGCUCAGACUUGAGUCCUUUUGUUGUCUGGCCUUGCCAGGGUGUGUCUGCCAGCUGCUCUCAUACAAUGAGCUGGCAAGGGCUCCUUGCCUGAGGCGGCAGGUCAUUCAAGCCAGGCCGACUUCAUGCCACGGGCAUGUCUGGUGGGUUCUGGGGCCAAAUUUCCUCCCCCCCACCUCCCACCUCUCCCAGUUUGUAAACUCCCCCAUACGCUGACUGACACACAUGUCUUUUCUCAACAUCAUCCGCUAUUUAAAGUCAAACACUUCUGCCCAGCCUUGGUCUUUGCCCCGAUGUUGAGCUGCUGCUGUGUACAUGGUGUGUGUUUUUAUAUUUAACGUGACUUGCCUUGUAGAAUGGCAAUGAAAUUUCAGUGACUUGUAUUUAAUGCCGAUUGAUGAUAAAAAAAAAAAAAACAACCCUCUAUAUUUAUAGCUCUAAAGGCCUCUCACUACAGGGCUCAUUACCGUUUCCCUUGUAAAGUUCUAGAACCAGAGCAGAGUGGAGGUUUGUGUAUUUAUUUUGUUCUACUUUGUAGUGCUCCAGGUAUGUUUUAAAACAUUUAAAAUAUUGAACACUUUUGAAAGUAAAAACAUUUACUAUA